GUGCCGGUGAACGCUGCGGCCAUGGCUCCAGAGGGAACAUCGCACGCACCGUCUGUGCCUUCCUUAUUGUUAACGAACCCAGCCGCAGAGGAGAAACCGAUGGAACCAUCAGUGCCGGUGAACGCUGCGGCCAUGGCUCCAGAGGGAACAUCACACGCACCGUCUGUGCCUUCCUUAUUGUUAACGAACCCAGCCGCAGAGGAGAAACUGAUGAUACCAUCGGUGCCGGUGAACGCUGCGGCCAUGGCUCCAGAGGGAACAUCGCACGCACCGACUGUGCCUUCCUUAUUGUUAACGAACCCAGACAAUCACAAGCUUGGAAGUAUAUUACACACUUCGUCUGUGCCUGAAAUAGCUUUGCACACCAACAACAUGAUCAAGCAUGGCAAAGCGACGAAUCACCCCGAAAAAUGUUACAAAGUGAUCCAUAACUUCAGCUCCACCUCCAGCUCCAAUCAGCUCAGCCCCUCCAAGUCAGCUAAUGAUAUUGACAAUCACAAGCUUGGAAGUAUAUUACACACUUCGUCUGUGCCUGAAAUAGCUUUGCACACCAACAACAUGAUCAAGCAUGGCAAAGCGACGAAUCACCCCGAAAAAUGUUACAAAGUGAUCCAUAACUUCAGCUCCACCUCCAGCUCCAAUCAGCUCAGCCCCUCCAAGUCAGGUAAUGAUAUUGCGACGAAUCACCCCGAAAGAAAUUACCAAGUGGUCCAUAAAUACACCUCCAGCUCCAAUAAGCUCAGCCCCUCCAAGUCAGCUAAUGAUAUUGCGACGAAUCACCCCGAAAGAAAUUACCAAGUGGUCCAUAAAUACACCUCCAGCUCCAAUCAGCACAGCCCCUCCAUGUCAGCUAUUGAGUUUGACAAAAUCACGUCCAACUUGACAAGCCUGGUCCCCCGCGGCGUGCCCUCCCAAGCAGGGCGUGUGUCUCCCGUGCCCUCUCGACUCGGUCCCUUUUGGGGACCCUAAAGGGAUCUGAGGAAAGACGAAGACCACGCCGGAGACAGCUUACACCACAAGUCUUCGACCGGCGUGGGGCAACAACACCCACGCCUCAUGCCACACCAACCCGCAUUUUGUUUUUGGAUGUUUAGACCACGUGGUGGUAUUUUUAUGCCAAAGUUAUUGUCAUUAACCCCUCCAUCACCCGACUGGGGCACCGCGGUGGCGAGAUGUUAAUUACCUUGCCUGGUAUACAGGAAGUUGUAGGUUUGAUCCUGACCUGAAUACCUGUCUUUUUAGAGUUUGUGUCUCUCUCCCAGUCGUCGUGUGGAUUUUUCUCUGGGUCUUCUGGUUUUUGCCCCCUCCACAUUUAGAAUCAACAUGCAUUUUGAUUAUUUGGCUGCUGUAAAUUUCCACGUUAUAAGCCACUUCAUUAAGCUAUAAAUUGUGGUCAGGUCCUUUCUUAAAGAGAGCUAUGUAACUCAGUGGACUUUACCUGGUAAAAUAAAACAUAGUUUGGAAGUUUUUUUAAUGGUUUAGAUUACACGUGGCCCAUGCAUCUGUAAUGACAGGGUGACAUCUGUUGACCAGGAGGGGUAAUCACGAGUAUGGGUGCGUUAUAUAAUAACCAACUAGAAGGGGGGCGUGUCUGGGUUAAAGGUAAAAUGCGGGGUCAGUCGGGAAGCUCCGGGAACCUGCUCGAAGGUUCUAGAAGGGGGCAUGGCCGGAGGCGGGGCCUGGUCACGCCAGGAAGUAUAUGAACCUUAUGGCAGGACCUCGGGGUCCCAUAAGCCCCCGGCUAUCGCGUAAAUAUAUUAUUACGUAAACAAAAAUGUUGCUCUUUUUCACCAAUGGGUUUGAAGGAUGGUGGCAAGUGUUGUCUUGUUAAUCUAUGCCUAUAAAAUUGAAAACUGCUUACCUGCAGUACCUUUAUUUAAUAUAAAUGCUAAUAGAAUACGACGUUGCGAUUGCAACACAAGCAACACAAGCAACCGUCAUCAGGUACGAAUGAAUGAGAAAACAGACAUAGCAAACUUAGAAAUAUAAUGCAAUACAACUCAGAGAGUCAGCUAACACAACAGUCAACAUCCUACCUGGUUGAUUAACGUUCUUCCAAAGAAUGCUAAAUUUGAGAGAAAGACAAAACACAGACACGGAGACACAGACAGACACACAAGUAGAGAGAACACACAGACACAGAGAGGGACACACACAGGAAGACAACACCUCUGUGUCGUGGCCUUAAAUAGA